AUGGCCAACGCCCUCCCACUUACCACCCUAACCCACACCUCGAGCGCGACGACCUCCCUCCGCCUCCUCGCCCUCGAAAUCGCCCUCCUCUGCUACCCCUACAACAGCCCCAAGCUCAGCCACCACUCCAAGACGCGCCUCCGGACCAUCAUGCAAGCACGCGAGGCGCAAGCCCUCGGCCUCGACCCCGAUCUCUUCGUCCGCCUGCUGGCGUCCUGCAAAGCCGAGUACCAAGCGCACUGGGAGGUUUGGAGGCCGGUCGUUAGACAUCCAUCCCGGCACUUCAAUAAGAAAGACCUCGGUGAUGACGAGGGCGAUGACAAGGAGAAGAAGAGGGAAUCUUUGGUGCGGUUCGCGAACGAGGUUGUCGUGGGGGAGUGGUGCGUCGCUGACGCCGGACUCGACACCUCAGCCAUCAGAGUUCUUGUGCAGACGGUCGAGACGUGUAGGGCAUUGGGGCGGGGUGUGAACGCAGCGGCGUGGGACGUGGUGCUUGAGAGCGUGAGGAGGGCAUGGGUAGAGCAUUGGGUGGAGUGGGCCAGUGUGGAUGAGGAGGGGAGGACGGAGUAUGGGGUUUUGCUGGAGAGUGGGGGAAGGGAGGAGGCCACAUAUACCAAGUCGCGGCUUGUUAGGCUCCGGCUGGUGCCUGACGUGCUGGUCAGAUUCCCCCACGGGCCGUCAUCAAACAAGCUCUCUUCGUCUAUCAUGGUUGGGAGGAUGGUUCUGACGAGGAGGACGGAGGAUGGGGAGGAAGAGAUGGUUGAGGGGCAUGCAUUGGCCGAAAGGGUGGCGGGGGAGUAUGAGAGGGUGAGGGCAGAGAUUCGUGCGGGGAGGAGAUGA